AUGCAAGGGACUUUUGGGUCUGGGCCAUGCAUGUAUAUGGAUGAAUUACCUUACAGGUGUGCAUCAUUAGGUAGGUUACUGGUACCACGGAAAAAAAAAUUGAUGCUAUUGGUGUCGCCAUUGAUUCGGUGCCUUCGUGUAAGUCGCAUUAUACACCGUGCCUUUUUGGCCAGUGUUUCUUUACAAGGAAGACUAUCGUUGACUUAUACCUGUAGGGUUUGCGGUACUCGACAGGGUCCAAAAUUUCUUUCUGAGAAAGCAUAUAAGGAAGGUGUCGUUAUUGUAACUUGCGACAGUUGCAAGAAUUACCACUUAAUCGCCGAUAAUUUGGGUUGGUUUACUCAGUCCAAAGGUUCAAAGAAUAUUGAAGAGAUACUGAAAGAGAAGGGUGAGGAAGUAAAAAGGGGCAUCGAUUUAAUCGAUAUCGCCGAGUAA